UGCACAGUCUGCUGGCAGUCAGUCAUCAAAACCAAAGGUACCUGCGUGCCUGGAGGUAUGGACCAGAAAGUGAACAUUGUGUCAAGGGCGCAGUGGGGAGCAGCUGCCCCGCGACAGAAGGAGGCUUUGAAGGGCUGUGCUCAAAGAGUUGUCAUACACCACACUGCCCUCCCAAAGUGCACAGGCCUGAAAGAGUGUAAGGAUCGCCUUGUCAGCAUCCAGAGACAGCACAUGACAGAAAGAGGCUUCGAUGACAUUGGAUACAAUUUUCUCGUCGGGGGAGAUGGUACAGUGUUCGAGGGCCGUGGCUGGGGUGUGGUGGGAGCGCAUGCCAGAGGCAACAAUCAUGACUCACUGGGGAUUGCUUUCAUGGGCAAUUUCAACAAUGACACUCCGAGUGCUGAGGCAAUGUCGUCAGUCAAACAGCUGCUGCAGUUUGGUGUCUCUCAGGAUUUUGUGUGCCCUGAGUUUAUUGUGGUGGGGCACAGGGAUCUGGGAGGCACAGAAUGUCCGGGAGAUAAACUUUAUGCUGCACUACCACAACUGAGGAGUGCCAAAUAAGGCUCGCUGCAGAUUAUGAUGGUUUUAUUUUAGCUUUGAAUUGAAUUGAAGUGGAUUGUGAAGAUGUCCUGCACUUAUUAUAUCCUGUCAGACGUUUCUCUCACAGUAGAGGGAGCCAUCAUAUUGGAUGAAACCAAUAAUGCUCUCUAGCUGUCCAAAAUGCCUAUAGAAACUCCAAAUCAAUGCACUUCAAUUCAUAUGCUGACAGAUUUUCUGGGGAACUCUUACUUUUUAAUUUGAUUACAUUCUUUCAAUUUUUCCAUGGUAUAAUGGUGGGCAGUGCAUUUUACUGAUGAAUGCUUUGCUUGAUAUUGUUAGUGUUUCCCUGUUAACGUCCACAGCCCGUUGUAAUGUUAAGAUACAUUUAUCAGCAAAUUGUGACAAUAUGAUGUAUUUUUUCGUCAUGUGAGGAAUUCUCUUUUUGCUUAUCGUCUCCCACAUAGGCAGGCUUCGCAGAAGUCCCCAACCAAACAGAAUUAAUUCAAGCAUUGAUUAAAUAUACUGUAUACAAGCCUACAAAAUCACGGCAAGGGCAGUGAGCUCAUGCAAAUGUCUUCAGGGUACAAUAUCAUUGGAAACAACACAAGACAUGAAAUCAAAUAUUUAACAGAGGAAAAGAUCCAAGGGGAUUACAAGUGUUGAAAUAACAAUGCGUGCUUUCUGCAGUGCCUGAAACAUUCCCAACAAGUGCUCACUUGUGCUGUGCAGGGAUUAUGAAGGGAGGCCCCUAUCAAAUUGGAUAAGAGAAGGUGUGAUAGUAGUAGAUUGUAUGUGUGGUUCCGGCUGUCAUGUCUGAUAUUCAGUAACUGAAAAUUAAGAAGUUGUCAUUGUAUUGAAAUAUUACCAAAUAUAAAUUAGCUAUAAGGUUGUGAUAAGAUAGUGCUCUUUUUUGAUAUGUCAAGGUUUAUUUAAUUUUCAGUUCUAUUUUUCUGUAACUUUUAAAUUGGAUUAAAUUUCCUCUGUGACAAAUAUAACCAGUACAUAUUGUGUUUUUUUUAAAA